CUCCUCAUGCACAUGCACAGACCCCAGCAUAUAAAGCCCACUCACAGGGUCCACCGUGUCUUCAGACGUGUGACUCCGGAGAAACGACUUACGAAGGCUCCUGUAUUACGGAUCAGCACUGUGGUGAGUGAAUGACCUAAGAGAGCGGGAUCCAGAAGGGAGCAGAGAUGGAGGAAACUGAGUCAACAGAAGGUCAGGCUGCAGAAGAGAAGCAGCUGACAGAUCUCAGCAAAGUGCUUCAGAAAGCAGGGCUUGACUGGAGGUAUUGGACAGAGGUUUUCAAGGAUAAACUGGGUGUUGAGCGUUCAGAGCAGCUGCAGUACUUAACUGUUUCAGAUUAUGAGCUGCUAAACCAGCAUGUGCGCCAUGACUGGGAAAGCAGAGCUCUUCAGAAAAUGGGGAUUCAGGAGAAACAGCUGCAUCCUGAAGAAAAUCCAGCUUCACAGAAUGAAAAGACCCAGGUCGAACAUGAUGAAAGGCAGAAUGAGAAAGAAAGCCUGGAAAAACAGAGAAUUGAACGGGCUAAGAAGAAUCUUGAAGAGCUAAAAAAACUUCACCAGGAAGGCAUAGAUCAAAAUGACACCAAAGUUAAGGAGAAGCUUGAUGAAAUCAGAUCAGCUCUAGAUAUGCCCGAAAGCGCCUGGCUGCCUUCAGGCACACCUUUACAAGAUAUCAUACAACCUUUGUACCAAAGAUUGUGCUCUGUUGAAGAGGGUUUUAACUCCCCAUUGGAAACUAUCUCUGAUGAAGAGGUUCUGAGAUCUGCCUCUGGUGGCCUGGCCCUAGAGGGUAUGUACAAAUCUGGGAAUCUGGACGACCUGCUGCAGAAAAGACAUCAACUCCUGGAAGUGCCAGAAUCCUUCAGGCUACAUGGUCCUGAGCACAAAUAUGUUUAUGAGAAAAAGGAAUUUAAUUCCCAGGAAUCUCUAACAAAAUUUCAGAAAGUCAUGGAAAAGCUAGGUGUAAGUUUCAGCAUUCCAUGGAAAAGUACAUUUUUAGGUUUCGAGAUCAAAUAUGAAAAUGAACUUUCAGAAGAAAAAUCAAAAAAAUCGUCUUCUGAACACACGUACAUUUUAAACACGCAAUAUAACUAUGUACCACUGGCCUCCUGUUUCAUUGAGAAAGAUAAACUGAAACUGUGCCACUCUGCCUUGAAUGAGCUGAAAAACAUUGAAUCACUUUUGCUGAAUGUGAAUGAGAAAAAAAAACCUGAGAUGCUGAAUGAGGUCAAACGUUUUUUCCAGACAUUUGGGUCACAUGUAAAUCAAGGGCCCCUUCACUUUGGGGGGAUUUUCUGGUGGACAGCUUCAGCAGAAGGUUUCAGCACCAGUGAACUGUCUGAAGUGAAGAGUCUGACAUCUGCUGCUUUGAAUGCGUACGUUGGCGUUGGGUCCUUUCUUGGGGGUUCAGGCGGGAUGAGCACUUCUCUGUCUCAGAGCAAAGGCUCAUUUGAGGGAAACUCUAGUGCCAGUCUCCUCAGUAAAGUUCAGCUUUCUGUCAGUAAAUCUGGAGGUCCAACCGAAACAGAUGAUCACUUAAAAUGGAAAUCAGGUCUGGUGACCUCCAACAAAAGUUGGUGCGUAAUUGACAGGGGAGAUACCCUGGUUCCAGUUUGGGACAUCAUCCUAUCUUCCCACAGUCAUGAGUUUGAUAACGCUUCCAGUCUGUGCAAUUUCAUCAGGGAAGCAUAUACAGAGAUCACAAAACAGGAUGCAGAAUCUAUGUGGGGACAGAAUGUGCUGUCAGCAGUGAUGGAAGCUCAGAAAAUGAUCCAGUCAGUGAAGCUGUGGUCUGUAUCCAAAAGUCAAAGUCAUUUGAGUAAAUUGAUAGAAAUCAAGGGAAAACUAGAAGAAGACACAGAAGACAGUAAAGCAUGGGUCCGAGAGUGUCUCUCUAGUCGAGACCUUCAAGACUUUUUGACAGAGAUCACUAAACAAAACACUGAUCUCAGCUUGAAGAUGAUGAUGAAAUCUGUAAUGGAUCAGUCACGUGAUGUUGAAGACUUCCCAAACCGUGAUAAAAUCCUAAAGUGGACACAACACACUGAAGAGGACUUACCCACAGUUACAUCUGCCUCUGAGUUUUCUGACCUGGAGAGAAUACUAAAUGAUGUCAAAGAUAAUUUCUGUAAUCUACAAUCUGUGUCUGGCAUGUCUGCUGAGGAAAAGGCUACUUGCACAAUAACCACUGCCAUCAAGUCACUGUGUCAGAGACUAAGAGAGAACAAUGAAACAGACAUAGAGCUGUUGAUUCUUUCCAUAGUUAAUGUUUUAGGAUACAGAACGGAUACAUUUUCUCCUCCACUAGGGGUAAAAGAGAUAGCAUUUUUACAGAGCACUCUCCAUACAUGUUAUGAAGAUUACUUAUCUUUUAAAGAGAGGAGUGAAGACAAGGCUCAGGCAUACUUACUCCUGACAGCACUGACUGUGUCCAGAGACGAACAAAGAAUCUCCCCAGAAGAUAAAGAAGAACGGCUAAAAUUCUUUAUAUCAAAAGCUGGGGACAUUUCGCAUGUUUCUGACCUGAUUGAUAAACAUAAAGACUGGAAAAAACUAGAGCAGGGACUUAACAGGAUUAUCAAUGAGACAAGCCAAUCAAAAGAGCAAGAAAUGCUACUGAAGAAGAUUCAGGCCCUGGGAAGUUUAAUGAAACCACUGGAAAGGAAAGAUCGUCCAACCCAACAGAAUGCCUCAGGCAAAACGGGAACAGAAGAACACCCUCCUGUAAAUGACUGGAAGGUAGAUAAACUCAGGGGUUUACUUCAGAGACUGGGACUAUGGGAGUCAUAUCCCAGGAAGAUAAAAAUGGAAGAUGUCCUACUUAUAAGUAAUAUUUCAAGUACAGAUCUGAAUACUAUGGAAAAAGGUCUGUAUCAGCAGUAUAUUUACAAGCUCAUGAUGCUAGACUGCAGUGCCAGGUAUUUGUGUUUGAAAGCGACCAAAUCAUCUGAGCCUCAACCAACCACUGCUGAAGAUUCAGGUAGCAGUGAUGAAGAGGAUUACAUUGUCAAAGAAGAUACGUUGUGUGCUGAAGAUGUCUGUGACAUGGAUUCAUCUGUCCACCCCAUGGAUAUUCAUAUGGCGGUUUUUCAUUGUUCAGAUGAUUUUGUGAGGCAGUACAUUUUUUCCAAACUCUCCACAUGUCAGUUUGCUUUACCUCUUCUGGUACCAAACCCCUUUUCGGGUGAAAUAGAGUUCCCGGUGUGGGCACUUCGACAAAUCAAAAAGACGUGGCAGAGCACACAGCAGCCUAUCUUCAGUGCACAGGUGCCUAUUGUGUCCUUUGUGAGGCUGGGGAAGUCCUCACACUCAAAGUCUCACAUCCUGAGCAACAUCAUCAACCAACGGAAACACCCGGUGUUUUUCAACCGACACUCUGAAGGAAGCAUGAGGCACUGCCUCCUUAUGGACGGGGUUGUGGAAAUCACUUGGUACUGUGCAGGAUCCAGCGAGAGAGAUAUUUUUGACAACUGUGUUGCUUUUGUGAAUCUCCAUGGCGAUGCCAGCCAUCACCCCAGACAGCUCCAGUUUCUGCAGGAAGUGAGUGCUGUCACUGUACUGCUUCUCUCAGAGAGCCCCCUGGAGGAGGAAGCAAGUAAGACUUUCAAAGAACUGCGAAAAUCUCCUACUCCACUAAUUACGCUCAUCUCUCAUGCAGAAAAAGUUCAAGGCAAAAGUCAGACAAAUAUAAAAAUUGCAGCAAAGAACAGAAAUGAGGCUGAACUAACAGGAGAAAUCAUCUCCAGCAUCAAACAGUGCCUUCCAACUAAAUCAGAGAGGCCUAGCUUAGCAGAUUGCUUGAGGAUUGCCAGACAGAAGCAGUUCAGAAUUGAUGAGGACAAUGAAAAAUGUAAAGAGGGAAAAGAGCAGGCUGAGCAUAUGGUUAGUUUGUUGAAGGGAGAAAACCAAAAGGACAGACAGGAGGAAGAGGAAUUAAUGAACCUAAAAGGGAGGCAUUUGCCAUUGCAAGGUGAACUGUGGGAGAACUGGUGCAGGAAGGACAAGGAGCAAUAUCGCCUGCACAGCACAGGCGAGAGAAGCAAUGAGAUGGUAUUGAGUGACAUAAAAUCUGAGAAACAAGCCAUACGCUUACAACAACUGAAUAAGGCAUUCCACCUCAGUGAUUUCAUGAAGUCAUUUCUGCAGUGCUUCCACCAGUCAGAAGAAAAUAAUACCCUGUAUAUGUUACAGUGGCUUCAGAUAUUUCUGGAGGAAUAUACCACUGGCUCAUAUGCCAAUCUCCAGGAGAAGGACCAGGAACCAAAAGGUGAGGACAAGAAACCCAAAGAAGUGUCAUUUGGGCUGCAGCAUAUUAUGAGAGAAGUGAGUCAGCUGUACGAGGCAGUUAAUUCAGUAGCCAAGAGUGAAGACUUCACAGAUAUACAGUGUCUUGACACUCUUCCCAGAAUUGGAGCACAGAUGCUGAUUGCAGGGUACCCUCUGGAGCUCAUGGAUGGAGAUGUGGCUCACGUGCCCCUUGACUGGAUCAAGGCUGUUUUUGACAAACUGAUACAAAAACUUGGAGACAAAAAGGUUUUUGUCCUCUCGGUCCUCGGUCUUCAGAGUUCUGGCAAGUCCACUCUGCUAAACACCAUGUUUGGGUUGCAGCUCCCUGUGAGUGCAGGAAGGUGCACCAAAGGUGCAUUCAUGCAGCUGCUCACAGUUGAUGAAGAGAUGAAGGAACAGCUUCAGUUUGACUUUGUGCUGGUGGUGGACACUGAAGGUCUGCGAUCACUGGAGCGCAGCCCUGAAACCUCUCUGGUUCAUGACAACGAACUGGCCACCUUCAUCACUGGUGUGGGAAACAUGACGCUGAUCAACGUCAUGGGAGAGAAUCCAUGUGAAAUGCAGGAUAUUCUGCAGAUCUGUGUUCAGGCUUUCAUGAGAAUGACGUCUGUCAAAAUAAAAACAAGCUGCAUAUUUGUGCACCAGAAUGUUGCAGAGACAACCGCCAAUGACAAAAACAAGGAAGGGAGAAGACGCCUUAAAAAGAGACUUGAUGAAAUGGCUUGCAUUGCAGCAAAAGAGGAGAAUCUGGACAUUAAAUGUUUUUCUGAUAUAAUUCAUUUUGAUGUGGACUCUCAGGUGUUCUACUUUAAAAAUCUCUUGGUGGGAGACCCCCCCAUGGCUCCUCCUAACCCCUCCUACACCCAGAACGUUCAGAAGCUGAAGGACAAGCUGCUGUCCAUUACCAAAUGGCAGCCAGCCUGCCGGCUGCCCUCACUGUCUGAGGUAAAAGAGCGAAUCCAAGACUUAUGGGAUGCUCUUCUGAGAGAGAACUUUGUUUUCAGUUUCAGGAACACCUUGGAGAUUUCUACAUACAGCAAGCUAGAAAAGUCUUAUGGACAAUGGUCAUGGAGCAUCAGAAAGCAUGCUCUGGAGAUACAGCAAAUCUGGCACAACAAAAUAAACAGCAACUUGGUGGAUAAGGUGUACAUGUCAGAUCUUAUAAAAGAAUUUGAUGAGAUCUAUGAACAACUCAGAAAUGAGAUAGAAACAUAUUUUACACAUGAGGAACACCCAGAAAUCCUGGUUAACUGGAGAUGUAAUAUUGAUACAAGAUUUCAAACUUUGAAGGAUAAGCUCAUUGAAGACACACACAGGAAGUGCACAGAUUUACUCAACAUCAGAAAGUGCAGAUCAGAACUGGAUGGGAAGAGGUCUGGCUACGAGGCAGAAUUGCUCAGAAUGAGUAGAUCUUUAGCCUCAAAACUACAGGACCAAAAACUGACCAGUGAUCAAAUGAGGCCACACUUUGAUGAACUGUGGACCCAAUGGUUGACAAAAAUAUCCUCAGAGAAACGUCCAGAAAAACAAGUUGAUAUCCAGGCUGUUGUGGAAGGCAUCCUGUACAAUCAAUUCAAAAAGGAAAAAGACAUUUCUCAAAAGAUUAAAAAGCACAAGGAAAUGAUCAGUUUUCAGUUCCAGGUUGACAAACAUGUUUCACUUACCUGGCUAAAGUGGUUUCAGUCUUUAAAUUGUCAGAAACUGCAAACAUUGAGAAAGAAGGUCAACAUAUUACAGAACAAAUAGCUGCAGAUGUACAAACGUACAUUGAAAGUAAGUCAAGGGAAAAUGUGGACUUCAAUGAAAUAUUUAUUCAUAAAAUAUUAGAGAGCAUAUCACAGACUUUGGAGACAUAUGAAAAAAGAGAGAACCACAUAGAACUCGA